AUGUCUCACGAAUCCGUCUGGAACUCCCGCCCCCGCACCUACGGCAAGGGCGCCCGCUCUUGCCGUGUCUGCACCCACUCUGCUGGUCUCAUCCGCAAGUACGGCCUCAACAUCUGCCGUCAAUGCUUCCGUGAGAAGGCCAACGACAUUGGCUUCACCAAGCACCGCUAA